UUUUGUUUUCGUUUGCGUCUGGUCUCGUCUGGUUGUCUGCUUGGACAAUUCGGCGACUACAGUAUAGAAACCGUGCUGUGCAGUGUUAUUCCAAAUAGCAAGCAAAGGUAAGCAGCAGCGCUCCGCGUCCAAGGAUAUAAAGUGUGCUCUAUUACUAUGCCAUAUGCGAUAUGUGUGUGUGCGGACAAUCGAAGGACUAACCAAAGUGCAAACUCAUAUUGUGUUCGAAAAAAAAACAUAAAAACAAUCAUAAAUUGUACAAUAAAUUGAGUGCUGUGCGCUGUUCAAGGAUAUGGAAACCUGAAACAUCCGAAAUCCAACGGAAAAAAUUAAAAAAAAAAGUACCGCUCAGAACUGGCAAGACCUGAAUGAAUGAGAACUAAAGCUAGUGGAAACGAGUUCGUUGCCCAAGUCUUUCGUUUGAGACCGCUGACUGAAAAAGUUCGCUUCUCGAGUCUCUCGCUUGAGAACUUAGAAAAGAUGAAAGUCACCCUGGCAAUAGCGACUUUCUGCGUGGUGAUGGCCUGCAGCCAUGCGGCCAGAACCACAACGACAACAGCGACCAAGCCGGGUCGCUUCCUCUCACUGCCCGUGCCCGCCAAGUGCGCUAGCCGUCCCAAGGAGUUCUCCUACCGCGGCAAAAACAUGUUCCUAACCACCCACGUGCCCGCGCUGGCCAACAAGAAGGUCGAUUGGUUGGAUGGUCGCAAUCUGUGCCGCGAGUACUGCAUGGAUCUGGUCGCCCUGGAGACUCAGGAGAAGAACAAUCUGAUCUUCCGCGUGAUCCAGCAGAACGAUGUGCCGUACAUCUGGACGGCCGGACGUAUCUGUGACUUUGCUGGCUGCGAGAAUCGUCCAGAUUUGGAGCCCAAGACCGUCUAUGGAUGGUUCUGGUCCGCAACCCGCGAGAAGAUCCAGGCCACCAACCGCAUCCCACAGGGCUGGGGCUACAACCCAUGGUCGCAGACUGGCCACAAGAAGCGCCCGCAGCCGGACAACGCCGAAUACGACAUCAACCAGACCAAGGAGCAGUGCCUGUCCGUGUUGAACAACGUGUACAACGAUGGCAUCGCCUGGCACGACGUGGCCUGCUACCACGAGAAGCCCGUCAUCUGUGAGGACAACGAGGAGCUGCUGCGCUAUGUGGCGGCCACGAAUCCCGGCAUCCGUCUAUAGAGCGGCUCGCUGGGCGUUCGCUGUUUGCCUAAUUUUAAAGCUACUUAUUAUAAUAUUCCUUAAACGAGUUUUUGUAUAAUUUUUGUUUGUAUGUGUACGACGAAAACGGAAGAAAGCAAGACAAAUAGACUUUAGAAUUUACAAUUUCCGAUCCUACAAACACCACAAAACCACCCACCCACCAAAUCCACAAUACUGCUUUCAUCACACCUUAGCACCCAGCACUUAGUCUCACUUCUCCUUCCUCCCUACCUUCGAAACUGCCAAUUUUACGCGUAGAAUUCUAUUCCGUUGUAAACAGUUGAGUCGUUUUCAGAUCGCACCUUAAAUAUUUAUAGGCAAUCCUAAAUUGCAAGUGUUUCGCUCUGACCCACUGUCUGUCAUUCAAGCAAGAAAUUCGGAAUCUCUUUAGUAUUUUGUUUGAGACACUCAUGUUUUGUCCACAAAGAGAUUGAAUAAAAUUUUGUAAAGAUCCC